AUGUUUUUUGUCUUGUUUAUUACCUCGAUCCUAGUUUAUUUGGGGUACGAGCUCUACUGGAAGCGUCGUAACUUCCCACCUGGACCAUGUCCUCUGCCUGUGUUCGGUAAUUUAUUAUCUCUAAACAAGCCACCUCCAGGAUAUGAAGCUUUCGAAAGGUGGACAAAACAAUUUGGAGACGUCUACACUUUUUGGAUUGGAAACAAACCGUAUAUCAUGAUUAACACUUUCGAUAAGAUCAAAGAAACUUUUGUCCGCGACGCAGAUACCUACGUCAACAAAAAUAUUCCCCUGUCUUCUGUACUCUUUCGGGGUGGAGAGCAUGGAGUAAUUGACUCAAAUGGUGCUACGUGGAGGGACCACAGAAGAUUUGCGAUUUCCAAUUUGAGGGAUUUUGGACUGGGAAAAAAUCUUAUGCAAGAGAAAAUCUUGAUUGAAGUCCAAGAGAUUUUCAAGAGAUUCGAUGCAUCUGAAGGGCCAGAAGUAGAGAUUCCACCAGCUUUUGAUAAUGCAGUGGCAAAUGUCAUCAAUCAAAUUCUCUUCGGAUAUCGAUUUAUCGGGGCGAAACAAGAUGAGUUUCUGGAAUUGAAAAGAAUACUUCUGACACCAACACGACUAUUUGGAAACUUGAUAAUAUUCCUGGCGAUGAACGUUAGCCUCAUUGAGAAAAUUCUGCCAGAUUCUGUAUAUAAAAAGCCAUUCAUUGACUUCCGAGAAACAACUUUCGAAUUUUUCAACAAACAAAUCGAAAACCAUGAGCGAGAAGUUGACUUUGAUGAUCUUGAUUCGGAAAAUUCCGACUACGUUGAGGCGUAUUUGAAGGAACAGAGAAAACGAGAACUUCAGGGAGACACUGAGACAUUCAGUGAUGUUCAACUUGUUAACAUGUGCAUUGACUUAUGGUUUGCUGGACUUGGUACUACAACUAAUACAACUACCUGGGCAAUCAGUUUUCUCUUGCACAACCUAAAAGUUCAGGAGAAAAUUCAUGAGGAAUUGGAUAGAGUUAUUGGAAGUGAUCGAUUGAUAUCUACUGCCGAUAAGAAUGAUCUCCCAUACAUGAAUGCGUUCAUCAAUGAAUCCCAGCGAUGUACCAACCUGGUUCCCUUGAAUACCCAACACGCAACCACCAGGGAUACUGUAAUCAAUGGAUACAAAAUUCCCAAAGGAACUGGAGUUGUGGCACAAAUCAGCACUGUCAUGAAUGACGAAAAGACAUUCCCAGAUCACAAAACAUUCAAUCCAGAUAGAUUUAUUGACGAAAAUGGGAAAUUGAAAAAGAUCGAUGAGCUCAUUCCGUUUUCAACAGGAAAGAGACAAUGUCUGGGUGAAGGGCUUGCUCGAAUGGAACUUUUCUUGUUUAUUGCCAACUUUUUCAAUAGAUACGAGAUUUCUCCGUCAAAAGAAGGACCACCAUCUCUAGAAAAGGACAGCGUUUCACGAAUUGAGCCUCGGAUGUUUUCUGCUGUUUUGAAAAAGAGAAGAUAA